AUGCCGCGUUGGACACACCACGUCCGCGCCAAGCUUCCCGGAGGUGUGUCCUUGCAGCACGACGAUGCCGGAAUUCGACGUUUGGGUCUCCUGAAGCUCUUGGACUUCUAUGGACUUCCGCACUUCCUCCAGAACUUGAAGGUGGAUCCUGAAAGCAAGCGCACCAACUGUCUCAAGCGUUUGCAGCCUUUGGAGUCGCUACCUGCCGAUGGAGGCUGCGUUGCGGACAGCGACGUGGGCCCGCAGCGGCGUGAGGAUGGAGGAGGGCGCUACAUGG